UGAAGCAGGGCGUUCGUGUUCUCUCUAUCAAAGCGUCCGCGUUAAGGUUCCCCCGCUCGCGCCUGCCGCAUCCAGCACAGCACAACCGGGAAUAGCGUCAGGAACCGACGCGCGUCUAUCAUAGAGUAAAUCGUUAGGUUUGCGUGAAUUAUUUGAUCGAAGCAGCGAGGCCUGUGCUGUUUUUCCCGAGGCAGCGGUGUCGCCGUGUGUCUCUAUUGUAUGCAGCAGCAGCAGAAUCCGUGACAGCCGCAUCUUCCAUUGAUCUGUUGAUAUCUGCUGGGAUCUUCUGCAUCUGUCCUUUACUAACAUCACAACAUCUGGCCGCGGUCGCAGGCUCCUCUCUUUCAUAUUAAACCGAAUAUCCUGUUUUUGACGAGAACAUUUGUCUUUUUUUUUCUUCUGUCGUGCACAUGGUGAAUGUAGAUGUGAACGCAGCCUUUUUAUUCAUAGAUGCCAAACAGUGUUUUUAAUCGUCGUGUAGGGUAUAUUUGUGAUUUAAUCUUCGGCCAUCGCUCGGCGCAGGCCGUGGGUUUAGUCACGGACAUCCACGAUGGGUUUCUGCGCUAAAUGUCGCGGAUGUUGUUGAUUAUAGGUGUCAUUUAUUACGGAUCUAACGCGUUUUUACAUCGCUGUUGGGUUGGCGUGGACGGGGAGCGGCGCCAGGCGGGAUUUUGCGUCCGCAGCAAACGACGCAUUUCUUUUUGCCUGAACUCGAUUUUUCUUUUUAUUAAUAUGAUUGUUUUUUGGUUUCAAUGAAAAUCGCCUGUCUGUCUGACAAGGAUCACCCUUUGUAUGCUCGUGGACAGGGAGCGGCGCCAGACGGGAUUUUUUUUUUACUAUACAAUAUAUAUAUUUUUACCUCAGCUCAGUUCCUUAUUAUUAAUAUUCUAGCUAUUUCAGUGUUUAGUUUUCGAUGAAAAUCAGCAGUCCGCAAGAAGAGGAUCACCCUCAGCUCAUCGUCUCAUUGCAAUACCCUUGACGAUCAACAGUUCAUCGCGUAAAUGCCUCGAAAUCCGCGCGAUUAUUAGUCGGAGCGGCGCGACGUCGAGUCGAAGAUUGUCGCUUGUGCUCAUAAUGACUAAUAAACCAAAACGAUUCUCAUCUUCACUCAUGGAUGCUCUUAAUGUUGUAUGUUAAUUUGUCUUAUUGACAGGUUCAGGAGACUGUAUUCAUAUUGGAUUAUAUCAUUGCCGUGUUUAUUAUUCCUCCUGCGUGUUUGUGACUGAAGACGCUCCGUAGGGUGGAUUAUUCCGCUUUUGAAUAUCAUGUUUUUGGCCCUUUUAUCGUCUGGAAAGAUGGCAGCUGAUUAAAUUUUAAUCUUGAUGCAUUCUGGCGACACGGGAGGAGAAGAGGAGAAACGAGUGAAUCGGGGAGGAGAGGAGAGAGGAGAGGGAGAGGAGAGGAUGUAGGGUGGAUACAGGAACACCAGAAGGUUCAGCUGACGUUACAGGAGACUGUCCCACCCCUUUCACCUAGUCCGUUCUUCUGUCCUUACCAUGGCGCUGUCACUCUGGUUACUGUGGAUGAGUCCUGUGUUGCUUAGCAACAUCGCUCCCUCCGAACAAGGUCUGAGUCGAGCGGCGAUGCCCUUCGGUCUGAUGAGGAGAGAGCUGGCGUGUGAAGGAUACCCUAUCGAGCUGCGCUGCCCAGGAAGUGAUGUCAUCAUGAUCGAGACGGCCAACUACGGCCGCACCGACGACAAGAUCUGCGACGCCGACCCCUUCCAGAUGGAGAACGUGCAGUGCUACCAGCCAGACGCGUUCAAGAUCAUGUCACACAGGUGUAAUAACAGGACCCAGUGUGUGGUCGUCGCCGGGGCAGACGUGUUUCCUGACCCCUGUCCUGGCACUUACAAAUACCUGGAGAUCCAGUAUGAGUGUGUCCCUUACAUUUUUGUUUGUCCUGGAACAUUAAUGCGAGUGCUGGAGCCCAGUUCCGUGCGGGAGGCGGAGCAUCAGUCGGGGGCGUGGUGUAAAGACCCUCUGCAAGCGGGCGAUAGACUGUAUGUGAUGCCCUGGACACCCUAUCGCACAGAUAUGCUGUAUGAAUAUGCUUCUUGGGAUGACUACAUCCAAAACAGAGUCACCACCACCUAUAAAUUGCCGAGUCGAGUUGACGGCACCGGUUUCGUCGUGUAUGAUGGAGCUGUGUUCUACAAUAAAGAACGCACACGCAACAUUGUGAAAUAUGACCUGCGAACUCGCAUCAAGAGCGGCGAAGCUAUUAUUGCUACCGCCAACUAUCACGACACGUCGCCGUACCGCUGGGGCGGGAAAUCCGACAUCGACUUAGCUGUGGACGAACACGGGCUCUGGGUCAUAUACGCCACUGAAGCCAACAGCGGACGCCUGGUUGUUAGCCAGGUGAACCCCUACACGCUGCGGUUUGAGGGAACGUGGCAGACGAGCUUUGAGAAGCGCAUGGCGUCGGAUGCAUUCGUGGCGUGUGGCAUCUUGUACGCCGUUCGUUCCGUGUACCAGGAUGACGACAGCGAGGUGGGCGGAGACCUGAUCCUGUACGCCUAUGACACGCGGCAUAACCACGAGGAGCCAGUGAGGAUCCCGUUCCCCAACCCAUACCAGCACAUCUCCUCCAUCAGCUACAACCCCAGAGACAACCAGCUGUACGUCUGGAACAACUACAUCGUCCUGCGGUACCCGCUGGAGUUCAGCCCGCCGCAGCCCACCACAGACCCACUCUCGACGCCUCUUCUCUCCACCACUCCUCCGAGUGCGCUCUCCACUACAGUGUCCAUGGGCUUCAGCCCCACCUCCGUCCCAUCCGUCACCUUCCACCCGGUGGGGGCUAUAAACAGGGCUCCGGCGGGGCGGCCCAUCACAGCCACGGUCCCGGUGACCAUCAGGCCCCCCCGCCGGCCACAGGGGCCGCGCACACCCAUGUGUGAGGGCCGGGUGACCCGCGGGGUCCAGUGGCCCCCGACUCAUCGAGGAGAAACGGUGGAGAGGCCGUGUCCCAAAGGAUCGCUCGGUAUCGCGUCGUAUCAGUGUAUGGCUGAUGACGUGGUGUGGAACUCCAGAGGCCCCGACCUCAGCAACUGCACCUCGCCCUGGGUCAGCCAGGUCGCUCAAAAGAUUAAGAGUGGGGAGAACGCAGCACAUAUCGCUGCUGUACUUGUCAAUCACACACGGGGGCGGGUCUACGCUGGUGAUGUCACUUCCUCUGUGCGUCUGAUGGAGCAGCUGCUGGACAUUCUGGACUCACAGCUGCAGGCGCUGCGACCCGGAAACAAGGAGUCGGCAACACGCAACUACAACAAGCUUCAGAAGAGAGAGCGAACCUGUCGAGCGUUUAUUCAGGCGGUGGUGCAGACGGUGGAUAACCUGCUGCGUUUGGAGGCGCUGGAGUCGUGGCAGGAUAUGAACGUCACAGAACAGUCACACACCGCCACCAUGCUGCUGGACGUCAUGGAGAAAGGAGCGUUUCUACUGGCCAACAACCUGUACGGGGGUCACUUCAGCGACCGCGCACCCAACGUCGAUCUGGAGGUGUAUGUGCUCAACACAGAGAUGGAGCUGAAGGAUCUGUCCUUCCCAAACUCAUAUGACAGCGACAGCACCAUCCACGUGUCGGCAUCCACCAUCAAACAGUACAGCCGCAACGGUCAGGUGAAGGUGGUUUUCACACUCUAUAAGAACCUGGGCUCGUUCCUCUCCACUCAAAACGCCACGCUGAAGACGGACGGCGAGCUGAAGUCAGGAGGACACAGUCUGGCCGUCAACUCCCACAUCGUCUCUGCCUCCAUGAACAAAGAGUCCAGCCGCGUGUUUCUGACCAAACCCGUCGAGUUCACGCUGAGACACCUGCAGCUGGAGAAUCACUUCAAUCCCAACUGUUCGUUCUGGAAUUACUCUGAGCGCUCGAUGACGGGUCAGUGGUCGUCGCAUGGCUGCAGACGUCUGCACAGCAACAACACGCACACCACCUGCGCCUGCUCGCAUCUGACCAACUUCGCCGUGCUCAUGAACCACCAGCAGCCCGCCUAUCCCGGCGGCGUUCAGGGUCUGAUCCUGUUUGUCAUCACGUGGGUGGGGAUGGUGAUCUCUCUGGUGUGUCUGGCUCUGUGCAUCUCCACCUUCUGCUGCCUGCGAGGCCUUCAGAGCGACCGCACCACCAUCCACAAGAACCUGUGCCUCACGCUCUUCAUCUCACAGCUCCUCUUCCUCAUCGGCAUGGACAAGACACGCUAUGUUGUGAUGUGUCCGGUUCUGGCCGGUCUGCUGCACUUCUUCCUGCUGUCCGUGUUCUGCUGGCUCUGCAUGGAGACGGUGCAGCUGUAUGUGCUGAUGGUGGAGGUGUUUGAAAGCGAGACGUCUCGUCGUAAGUACUACUACCUCUCCGCGUACGGCUUCCCCACGCUGGUGGUGGCCAUUUCCACAGCCAUCGACUACAGGAGCUACGGAGGACCAAAAACUUGCUGGAUGAGGGUUGAUAACUACUUCAUCUGGACGUUUAUCGGCCCCGCCUCCCUUGUUAUUCUGCUGAACCUGGCAGUGCUGGUCAUCACCAUCCACCGGAUGCUGCGCCACUCCACCGUCUUGAAGCCAGACUCCAGCCGAUUCGACAACAUCAAGUGCUGGACGCUCAGUUCUGUCACGCUGCUGUUACUGGUGUCUGUGACGUGGAUCUUUGGCCUUCUCUUCAUGAACGACAAGAGCGUGGUGAUGGCGUACCUCUUCACCUCCUUCAGUGCCCUGCACGGCAUGUUCAUCUUCCUCCUGCACUGUGCGCUGCAGAAGAAGGUGCAGAAAGAAUACAGCAAAUGCUUGCGUCAGUCGCCCUGCUGUGGCCACGCCUCCUCCACCGGUUCCCACGGUUCCCUCAAGAGCUCCGCCCACCGAGGCAACAAUCGCUACUAUGGAGGCAGCCAAUCACGACACGCGCCAGCACAAAGACAGAGCCGUAUCAGGAGGAUGUGGAACGAUACUGUUCGACGGCAGACUGAAUCUUCCUUCAUGGCAGCUGAGAUCAACAACACACCCACACUCACCCGAGGCACUAUGGGUAAUCACCUCCUAGCCAAUCCAAUGCUACAGACCCGCUCUGGCUCCUCCCCUUACAACACCCUAUUGGCUGAGACAUUCAACCCCCCCUCACCAGCAGUUUUCAACGCCACUGGCACGUUCAGAAACUCAAAGGGCACACUGUCGCGCAGCCGCGAGUCAUGUGGGCUGGAGGGAGUCCGGCUCAACGGAAACUACAACAACAGCUACUCACUUCACGGAGGGAGUUCGGAUCUGCUGGGGGGUGUUCCUGUGGGAUCCGGGGGCGUGUCGGGAGAAGUCAGUCCCGCCCUUUUGACUCCUAGAGGGGCGGAGCCUGCUGGCGGUUUGAGGCGGAACCUUUCUGAUGCGGCGGCGUUGGAGAAGAUGAUCAUAUCUGAGCUCGUUCAGAGCAACCUGCGGCCAUCCACCGAUCGCUACGGCAAUGGUCCAAAUUCCACGAUGCACCGGCAGGAUUACGCAACGUCGACAAGUCAUCGAGAGCCCCCGCAACGGCCCUUGCCCCGCCCACCUCCGCCGCCUCCGCAGGACGAGGAGGAGCUGCUGUACAAAGCGCUGGAAAAGCCACGCCUCCCUGAUAAACCCCGCCUACCAGAUAAACCCCGCCUACCGGAUAAGCCCCGCCUCCUGGAGCAUGCCCAGUCUGUGUUCUACCAGAGCGAGGAGGACUCAGAGAGCUUCUCCGCAGAAAUCACGGACGGCGUGGGCGGGACCGGACCGGACUCCACCUCCCUGUAUGCACGGGAUCGUGAUUCGUCCUAUCCCGACAGCAGUCCCGAGGCGCUGGGGGCGGAGCCUCAUCCCACCCUCCCGCCGGACGAGCUGUACUUCAGCGCGGGACGUCAAGCGCACAUCUCGGCCUUUUACCAGCCUCCGCCUCGCAGGACCAAUGACGAGGCUCGGCUGGGACUGCAGCCCUCGCAGGGGGAAGGUGACGGACAGAUGCAACUGGUGACGAGUCUGUGACUAGGGCGCUGGUGACCAGGACACGUAGAUCUGGAGGAGGACAAUGAGGGUGGACGUCUUCAACAUCACCAUCAUCAUCGCAAUUAGCGUCUGGGCGAAUCUCUCGAAACCAUGCGUCUGGUUUGUAGGUCAGCCCAAAAUCUUGAUUUCACUUGAUUUUGUAGUGAAAUAUGAGCCGACAUGUUUCCGUGAGAUUCUCACGUAAGUAUGAAGCUACUUUCAGAUAAUGAAAACCAUUAUCGUGUGUCCUGAGAUCUCCCAGAAGGAGUAGUGCACUGAAAGCCUUGGGAGAUCCCUGUUGAGAUGAUGAUGAUGAUGAUGGCAAUGCUGGCUUCCUCCUCCAUGUCUCUGUCUCCUGGUCACCCGAACACCCACCCUGCUCAUCUCACUGCCAUCCAAGCUCAUCUGUUUUUCCUUUUUGAGAAGAAAUCUUCUUAUCGGGUAGUUUUUCCUCCAUUUGUCCAUCCUCCAUCUCUUCCCUGCUGAGAAAACCAGUUUAAACCAUCCUGAGGUGGAUAUCUGGUCUCCUGGCCUGGCCAAACUGGUCCGUUUUGUGGUUUUUGGUGGGAGACCAUCUGAAAACCACCUUAGGCUGGUUGAGACUGGUUUUUCAGUGGGAUAUCUUUCAUUCAGGGUGGUGUGGUGUAUGAGUGACAGACCUUUAUUAGAAUGUGAUAACACUUACACCAGAGACCGCAGCUCUUAUACAUGCCAAAAAAAAAAAAAAAAAAUCACACAUUUACACUCUUGGGGAGCAGCUACUGUCGGGAUCACGCUCUCACCAUCAUAGAGGUCAAAGGUUAAGAGUCACGGGUUCAACACGUCAAGUAAAUCAACUAGACUGUUGUUUUUGAGGAGCGUGGCAGAUAAAAGAACAAAAACAAACUUUUGUGCCACCUGUCUGGAUGACACCCAAUCAUCUGUGUUGGUGUUCAAGACACUGACCAAUCAUGUUGUUGGGUUUGGAGAAUGUUGAUUCAAUGCUCCGCCCCCUUCCUGUGUUUAAGUAGGUUGAUCGAGGACGUGAUGUUUAACAGUGGGCAGCCGAAUGACAGCUGCUCGCAACUUCCUGUAAAUAAGAACUGAGACGUAACGUCUCUGGACAUGCUUCUCUUUCACUUACGAGUUUAUGGUUGAAAAAAGUCUUAAAGAAUAUGUAGAUGAACUGAUGACACUGUCUCCUCUUUCGGUCUUUUUCUCACUCUGUCUCUUUCGGUCUUUCUCGCUCUCUGAGAGUGUUUCAUGUAAAAAGAUAAGAAAUGUUUUUUAAUCAAAAUAAAACAAAAGAAA